GUUCUACUACUUAACUUCCAUCCGCGAAUCAUUCGAAGCUUAUCCGUCAACCGUGACGAUGUCGUAAUCGUAACAGCUUUGGCUCGUCUCCUCUGUCUUCUUUUAUUUUUAGUUUCAGUUUUAGCUUCGUUGUGAACCAAGAUCGGGAUCAACUGUGUCAGUGAAUCGUGUGCGAUCGAGCCUGCAUAAAACCAAAUAAAACAUAUAUUGCAUACUAGGGUCUCAUGGAUCGACAGCCGCAUUAUUUAAUGUGACACUUUGCCGCUUUGUGCUUGAUUCACCGGAAAAUUUACAUUCUGGAUUACAUUUUUUUUUCUUUCAGUGUACUCGUUGUUGCAGUCACGGUAAAUAUUGUUGUCACAAGCUUGCUGUUGAUGCUCGAUGGCGCGUGCUGGCACACAGCGCUGGAGAAAUCCCGCCCCGGACGGUGACGAUGUUCAACGAUCGAUCGAGUUGCUGGACAAGGUGCUCUCUGAAUACGACGAGCACAGCAGUAUCGAGAUCGAGGCUCCUGGAGACGAGACCGGCGAACUUGAGGAAGGUAGCAGUGCCUCGGGCGUCGGUGAAGCCGUUGAUGAGGCCGACGCCGACGCCGAUGGGCAGGUUGGAGGACGUGACAGCAGUACUGAGCCCAGUAUUGGUCUCACUCCCGAGGACGAGAGCCCUUCUUUAGGACACCAGUCCGAAGACGACGGUUAUAUGAGUAUGAAUGGACGUAAAGCGAAAAUGGCAUUAGUCGCAUUGCGUCCGGUACCGGAUUGUCCGGAGCCACAAGAGUCGUCAGCUAAUAAUGCGCCGUCAUCCCUUGAAUUUCCACCCCCGCCAGAAGAAGCUGAGCGUAUUAUCUCGACGCUGUUACCCAUAGUCUCGCCGAGCGACUCGUCUAAGAGAAGAAGCACAGGCGGCAAGUCUGGGAGACGUGGCGACAAACAGACGGAAGAGAUGACGAGAUCGCGUCAUCGGGGACACACUGUUACAAGUCAGACUACUCUGCCGAAAACCCGACGCAGAAAGCUGUACGGUCUGUGGGACAGGACGACGAAUGCGUCUCUGGAGACGCGUCGGAACUCGACAUCGGGGAAAUUUGCCAGCCUGCCGUACGACGUUCAGGUGUCCUGCGACUGGAUCCUGGAGUCGAAAACUCAUAGUAAAAAUUCGCAAGAAAAACACCGGGAGAGCGCCAGUAGACGGAGACGAGUGCGAACGUCGAAUGUGGAAGCGGACAAGGACAAGGAGAAUGUUCAGCAAAUAUCCUGCAAUAAUGAUCAUAGCCAGGGUAAAUUAGCGGAGGCUGUGGUGGAUUCUAGUCGAGAUGAACCAGAUAACAAUGUUAGCCGUAAAGAGGCGGAAGCCUUGAAGGAUGAUGAUGAAGAGGAGGAAGACGUCGAGGAAGUUGAGGAAGACGAGAUUGAUGAGGAUGAACUUGAGGAUGAGGACGAGGAGGAGCCACCGAGAGCCGGGGAUGAAAGGGGUGAGAGGAAUCACUCGGAUUCAAGCUGUGAUGGACGGUUCUCACGUCGCAGAAGAAGAAAAAGAAAAGGCAUGGAUCGAGGUGUCUCCGAGUCGGAAUCCGAGAGAUUUUCAAUGCCACGAUCCAGUUCCGUCAGCGUUGAGCGUUUUUCAAUGCGCGCAAAUUGUGAUUCCUCGGAUUUUUCACGAGCCAACUCGACGUCCAACGAACGGUUCCAUUCAGACUUUUCGCUGGCUGUCGCUAGCGCCAGCUCUAACGACCGCAUGUCCAUACCGACAUCCGACCCUUUUUCUGUUCGCAAUCUUGACUUCGCUGUGUCAGCGUUUUCUUUAGGUCGAGCAGACUCUUGCGACGAAAGAUUUUCGGAUGUUUACUCGACGAGAAACUCGGAUUUUUCCACGAGAAACUCCACAGACUUCAGAACACAGUCCGAGGAGGAGGAGAGAUUCUCUGAUGAUUCACUCGAGGAGAUGUUGAGAUCAGCUGUACCUCAGCCGCCGCCGAUGCCUCCGUCGCCUGAAAGCCAGCCGGUUGUAUCCAAGAGGCACUCCAUCGCUUGGGAAGUGUCUCUUGAAGAAGAUCCGCUGUAUGCUCCUGGCAGCACUAAAGUUGUCGGAAGAAGACGACGACGUAGCAGCGAUGUAUCUAGCGUCGGCUCAGCGUCGAAGCUCCGGGAUCUAGAUUACGACUGGCAAGAACCUCAUCGACGCUCGACAACAGACGAUGAUCUGAUCUCGCCGUAUUCACCAGACUCAUCGACCAACGAGCUGGAUCACCCGGUGUCUGGGAAGCGAGAUCGCGAUUAUCCAACGAAAAACGGGACGUAUGUAAUACGCGGCCGGACGCGAAAAAGAGAACGCAAGCCUUUGAUCACGUCUAGUGUAUCGCCGACGAGAAAUACUAAAGCGGAUUCAACAGAAACCACAAACGUUACAAAACGCUACUCGAAUACUUUCGACGAUAUAAAAAGUCUGCUGCGCGAAGGGAGAUUGGAGGGUCUGAAUGAGCCGCCCCCAGACUUUGUACCCCCAGUACCGCCAGACCUCGUCCGAGUGCUCUCUCUUCCAGCUUUUGACGACGUUGAUGCUGCUGAAAAAACAUCUGUAUCCAAGUCUGGAAAUACUAAAACAGUACCAACAAAGACAAAGCCAACAAGUGAGCUCCCGAAUGCGCUUCCGAGGCACCGGAACAACCUGGACUACCUCUCCUCGACUUCUUCCUCGCCUUCACCACCGCCUCCGGCACCGUCUCCACGCGGUGAGAAAAAUUCUAAAAAUUCAAACUACAAUUCCAAUCACCAAGAAGCCGAUGCUGAUCAUCAUCUUCUUCCUAAAUCCAAGUGCAAUGGUGUCAGUGCGCGAGGAUUGCUUCCUACCUCCAAAAGCUUGGACAUCCACGCUACCAGUCGCUCCUCCAGCCACGACAACGACAAUAAAUUAUUAAAGUCCACUGGUAAAAAGUCCUCCACCAGCAGAAAGUCCGACCAGUCGAAAAUUCCGGUCAAUGUGCUGAUUGAAGAUCAAAUUGUCAAGAAGGCUCUCAAUGAGAAUCGCAGACAAUUGGAGAAAGUUAGCGACGCUAUUAAAGAACUGGAGAGCGUCAGGAAUAGCGAGUCAUUUGUCGAGGGCAAGAUUUCUAAAAAGGUUAAGGAGAAUUCUAAGAAAUCCAGGGCCAGCAGAAACGAGGUCGAGUCCGACUCUGAAAAUGUCAAUGAGACUUCUAGAGAAGACGACGACUGUGAUCUCGGAUGCAGCAAUGAGUAUGAUCACAGGAGGAAACCUAAUGACGCGAUCAACGAACUCGUCUAUUCUUCCGGUCGGAGAAUCGGGCAGAAUGAUAUAGACAGUCUGGCUAAAAAUGAUCAAAGGCAAAUUGAAAAUGUGAUUGAUGCUAUUCUUGAGGACUCGAAAAAUCCAGACUUUCAGGUCAGUGUCGAAGUGCUGGAAUUCCCGCCGCUUCCACCGUCACCAGUAGAGGAGGCUGAUGAAGAGAGCUCGGAUGUAAAUGUUGCUCCUGUCAGUGUAUCAACCCACUACGGAUCACACCGCGCAAUGAGUCGUCAGCCAACGCGGACGAUAGAGUACAGACCACGAGUGCCGCCUCAUAGAGUACCUAAUAUUGACAUGAAGGAUCAUCGAUCCUCAUUGGACACUACUAGGUCAAUGGAUGCUGGAUACUCUCGCAGCAGAAGAACUCCAAAUGCUCCAUCCAACUCAAGACGUGACGUGGUGCCAGUGGAACGUCGCACGCUACCGACCGAUUUACCAGGUCCCUCACGAAGACGUACCACAACGAAACAGUCUCCAUCAGGCGAUACUGCAAUGGGAACACCGAUUAUGGGGACAAUAGCGCCUCCGGGAAAUUCAGGUAUGCAAACGUCAUGCUCGCUUCCUGAAACACCGGUGUUUGCUCGAGGAAGCGAUAUUCCCCGCACGCCUCAGCAUACUUCAGGCAACACAUUAUCCACAACGACCUCGACGAUGUCUACGGCCGCCACCCAGCCUCGAAGACAGCCCGGCUGGUACGCACCAACAACUGCUACAACCGGAGGGUACCGACGCAACAAUCCAGGCCUAGAGCAGGCAAUAAUCGGGACAGAGCUGCUCCGUCUGGCAGGAGGACCAAACCGUGGGUGGUACCCGACUCGUCGAGGAGCGAACCAGCCGCGACCUGCCUCGAUCGAGCACCUGGAGCGUCUGAACAGUGCCUACGAGUCCCGACUGCCCACCGCCGGGGAGCAGAGGAAGCCGCUGACUUUGCCCACCAACAUAACGCCCAACAAAUACUUCGGUCAAAGUAAGCACAGCUCCGCCACUUCCGGCACUCGCGAGGCACUAAGGAGGGUCACUAGCUUGCUCAUCAAGAAAGGAAGCACUAAGGAGAGCAAGGGAACUGGAAAGGAUGUCUUCCCUGCUGGACCAUACUCUGGUGGAGAACCGAGCGACGUACCAAAGAAGAAAGGAUUCUUCAAGAACUUCUGGAAACGCUCAAGGCAUUAUUCCCUGGAGAAUCAAUAGCCCAGGUGUUACCUUGCGGUUAAAUGUCGCCAGCCACGUCGCGGAGAUUUCUUAUCGCCUCAGCAGAGUUAUUUAAACAAACAGCGCAUUAAUGGCAGCAGCAAUAAUGACCAGCACCAACAGGAGCAGAGUCAGGAUGAUAAUCAGGAUAAAACUCAGAAUCAGCAGCAAGAGCAAGAACAACAAUUACAAAUGGCUACGACAAAUAUAAUUGAAAAUCCUUGCUGCUGUAUUGCGCAGUGAAAUCCCGACAGCGUGACCUCACUAAAAAAAUAAUAAAAAGUGUGAUUCGUUAAACUGUAAAGCCAGUAUUGUAGCGGUGGUAGCGAUUAAGAGGGCGUUUUAACGGGAGCCUAGACGCUAUUGAAACCUUUUUUUAACUUUUUUAUUCUCUAUUUAUUAUACUCGGUUGCUUUUCAAUCUUUUUCUCUCUAGAACUUUAUAAAUUCCCGAGGCUUGCUUUCGAAAUGAGUUCCAUUAAUAUUUUAAACAAUCUGUGACAUUAAAUACAGUAAGCAAUAAUUAUAAGGAAAAGACUAAUAAAAACCGUUUUAUACAAGACUAAAACGGAGAAAUAGAGAUGUUGUCCAGGUCCAGAAUUCCAGUCACCGUAAAGUAGCACGAGUGAAGUAAAGUUCAAAGAGGAUAAUAAGUGACUUCAAAGCGUUAUCGCUUCAAUACCAAUACAAAUAUCAAUACCACUACCACUACUAAUACUAGACUACCGUUCGAAUUACAAAAGUUUACUGUCAGUAGUUGCUCGCCAAUAAUUGUCGCUUUGUUUAUGUUGUUCAGAGUAUAUAUUAAAAAUAACAAUAAUAAUAAUAAUAAUAACAAUACUAUUUAUUAUUAUUAUUAUAACAACACGAAAUGAUUUUUUAACUAGCAUCACAAACGAUAAAUGAUAACAAUAAUAAUAUUAAUUAAUAAUAUAUUUAUAAAUUAUAAUCGAAUUAAUAAAUUAAUCUAAAUAUAAUGUAAAGGUUCGAAGUAUUUUUUCACAUACGCUUUGCUCGAAUGGAAAAUAAUAAAACAAUUGAUAUUGAAAUUACUAAUGAGCAUAAUGCGUGUUAUCGCACAUUACUAGUCGAAACAAGAUGCAAUAUAGUUAAUCGCUUACGCGAAAAGAUAAGCGGCUGAAUAGAGUGAAAAAAAAAAAAAAAAUUAAAGUUAGUAGUUUCGUCAACAUUUAUGCGUGACUCAACUUACCGCAAAUCGAUUUA